ACGAAGUAAACCAGACCGAAAGCAAUGGCAGAUUUGGCGGAUUUUGGUACCUUCGGAAUUCCAGAACCUUUUAACACAGGGUUUCUGUCGGUGGAUGAUAUUCAUAAAGUAUACUAUGAGGAGUGUGGAAAAUCAGAUGGAAAGCCUGUAAUAUUCGUGCAUGGUGGACCAGGUGGAGGGAUACAGUCCCUUGAUCGCUGUUUUUUUGAUCCCAAAGUUUUCCGUAUUAUAUUAUUUGACCAGAGAGGCUCAGGAAAAUCAACUCCAGCUGCUGAAUUGAAGAACAAUACAACUUGGCAUCUAGUUGAAGACAUGGAGAAACUGCGUAAGCAUCUUGGUAUCGAGAAAUGGCUUCUUUUUGGAGGUAGCUGGGGAUCCACGUUGAGCAUAGCUUAUGCACAAGAGCAUACUGAUAGAGUGAAAGCACUCAUUUUACGUGGAAUCUUCACAGUUAGAAAACAGGAGGUAGACUGGCUGUAUCAAGAGGGAGCUAGUAAAAUCUUUCCAGACCAUUGGGAAAAAUUUAUUGCACCCAUUCCUGAGGCUGAACGUGGUGACAUCCUUGCUGCAUAUUACAAGAGGUUAACCGGAGAUGACGAGAAUGAGAAGGUUCGGUGUGCUAAGGAAUUUGCCUGCUGGGAGUGUUCUACUUCUAAAUUGCUACCUGAUAAACAAAGCCUAAAAAUACUGGAGAAUAACACUUGGAUCUUGCAAAUUGCAAGAAUUGAAAGUCAUUUCUUUGUCAACGGGGCCUGGUUUGAGACACCUUCAUACCUCUUCGUACCGACCUACCCCUUUUUUUAG